AUGGCAAAGAAGAUUAUCUCGGUUGUUGGCGCCACUGGCGUCCAGGGCGGCUCAGUCAUCGAUGCCCUCCUGAAAGAAAACGUGUAUCAGAUCCGUGCCCUGACCCGAAACCCCGCCAGCGAGGCCGCGCAGAAACUGGCGCAAAAAGGCGUGCAGGUUGUAUGCGCCGAUGCCUCAGACGUCCCAUCUCUGAUUGCUGCAUUUGACGGUUCCUCUGCGAUCUUUGCAAUGACCAAUUUUGCAGAACCGUACUUCAGUACUGGUAGUGUGGAAAGGGCCAUCGCCAUUGAGGCAGAGCAGGGAAUCAACUUGGCUAAGGCUGCGGCGGCGAUCGCUACCUUAGACCACUACAUCUGGUCAACCCUCCCGAAUAGCAUGGAUGUCACUGGCGGGAAGAUCAUGGUCCCCCAGUUCGAAGGAAAGAACAAGGUUGAUAAAUUUAUUCAGUUGGACAGUGCGCUCCUGGCAAAGACGACAUUCUUGGUCCUCGGAUUUUACUCUGAGGACUUCGCGUACCCCACCUUCGCUCCUGUGGAGAUCCCCGGUGCUGGUCAGUAUGUCCAGCUCCUCUGCACCCCCGGUGAUACUCCUAUCCUCGGACUGGGCCAUGCUCGGACAAAUGUCGGGUUGUUUGUCAAGGCUAUCCUGGAACACCCCGAGAAGACCACCUUGGGCAAGACUGUCUCUGCAUUCACAGAGCAGACAACCCCCGAGAAGCUGCUGCAAAGCUGGGCAAAGGUUAACGGAAAGAAAGCUCUUUAUGUUGAGGUCAAUAUUAAGACAUUUAGUACCUUGUGGACUAACGCGGGCGUUGACGUGAUUGCCAAGAUGAUGGAUUUCCACCGGUAUAUGGACCGGAAUCCUUGGGCGGGAAGUAAGGACAUCUUGACAAAGGAUGAUUUGGGCGUGGAAGGGUUGCUGAGUAUUGAGGAGAGCUUUGCAGCCUUGAAAUUUUAG